UGAAAAGAGCUCUUCAUCCAUGCAGGAAAGUGAAUGUUGGGGUCGUGACGACACUUCCCUUUUUCCUUAGGGAUUUAUCUCUGAAAGAUUUUUUUUCGUUCUUCCUCCCCAACAUUUCCGCGUCGAAGCGGAGAGCAGAAAACUUUUUUUUUGUCUUUUCUGGCUCUUGGUAAAACUCCCAACAUGUCGCCACCGUCUCGACGCCUUCAGACGAAGCCGGUGAUAACCUGCCUGAAGACUUUUCUCAUCUGCUACAGCCUCAUUUUCUGGUUCACAGGAGUGGUGCUGCUGGCCGUCGGGGUGUGGGGUAAGGUCAGCCUUGAGGCAUAUCUCUCCCUGGCUUCUGAGGGGGGCACCAACGCGCCGUAUGUCCUCAUUGGGACCGGAGCCAUCAUUGUUAUUUUCGGCCUGUUCGGCUGCUUCGCCACGUGCCGCGGCAGCCCGUGGAUGCUCAAACUGUACGCCAUGUUUUUGACCCUGGUGUUCCUGGCUGAGCUUGUGGCUGGAAUUUCAGGCUUCAUCUUCAGGCAUGAGAUUAAGGCUGUGAUGGGAACUGCCUAUACGAAUGCAGUGAAGUCCUACAAUGAGACAAACACCUUAAGCUCUGCACUGGAUACCAUCCAGAGAACGCUGCAUUGCUGCGGAGUGAAAAAUUACACUGACUGGAAGGAUGCGCCUUACUUUAAUUCCAAGGGAAUCCCUCGCAGCUGCUGUAGAGAGAACAGCAACUGCACCGAUGAGAUCUUGAAAGACCUCGAUAAGGCUGGGAAAGAGGUGUUCACAACGGGUUGCUUUGCUCUGGUGACAAAUGUGAUGGAGUCUAACCUGGGAGUCAUUGCUGGCAUUUCGUUUGGGAUUGCAUUCUUUCAGGUGUUUGGGAUAUUCCUGGCCUGCUGUUUGUCUCGAUACAUAACCAACAACCAGUAUGAGAUGGUCUAACAGUCUCUGUGAUCAGGUCAAAGACGGCAAACACCUCCAACCGACUCCGUUAAGAUUUUAUUAGUGUGUGUGUGUUAGUCACUAUCAUUUUAGAGAGGAAAACCUGCUUCUUCUUUUAGUCAGUCUCACCUUUGCAGAAAAAUAAAAAAAAGAGCUGAAAUGAAGGUGGUCAUGGGAAAGAAGGGAUUAAAAAAAGCAAAGAAGGGACCUUAACAUUUCAAGUUUAUUCCUUGGAGGAAAUCAUGACUGUCGUAAUGUUUUUCCCUUAUUCUGUCUCAUCUUACAGCUUCCUUGUUCUGUAUUCAGUAGACGUUAAGCUAGUAAAUGUUCAACACCACUCGAGUUUAUGUGAAACGUGGACCAGAUGGAGAGGAGGUCACCACCCGGACAUCAGUCUGAGGUGUAGCAAUGAGCCUCAGUGGGGCCAGUCCUGCUGAAAGUCUGCAAUGAUGUGUGCCAACUUUAUUCAGCUAUUCUGACUGUCUUUGGUGUAAUUUGUUUGUUCGUUUUCUUUUGUGAAUGCAUGUAAAAUACUUGGAAAAAAUAAAAACCUGUAUCUUUAA